AUGUCAUUAAGCAUAAUUGACGACCGUUUUUAUUCUAUCCUGAAUAUCGAUACUGAUGAAAUCGGAUUAGAGUUAAUGUUGGGAUUUUGUGUUAGUAUAGAUAGUUUAGAUGAACGAAACAUUGGUGUGCCACAUUUAACAUUGUAA